GCUUCAGUUUUAUCAUAUCCAGGCUACCUCCAUCCUGUCCGAGCAGACGAAGGGGAAACAGAUGACUUGUCUGCUACGUUGAGGUUGAAACCUGCCGAUUGAAACCUUCCGAGGGUUGAUUCAGAAAAUUAAAACGCCUGAAGUAGCGAGUUUUAAGGUGAUGACGUUCACCUCCACAGUGUGAGUCCACAUCCGCUAAACCGGCCUGGCUUCCUGCUCCAAUGACCCGCCUCCUCUGAGUCCACCUUCUGUUGACCAGUGGACGGAGCUGGCCCUGCUCAGGGGGCGUGGCCGGCGAUGGACAGUCGAUGCAGCAGCAGCGCCGAUUCACGGCUGACUGGCAGGGGAGGGUGGUCUGCCAACACGACGCCCCUCUCUGCAAGGGUGGAGUCGUACGAAGCCGGGGGGAAGAAGUGCAUCUCGGAUGUGAGGAGGACCUUCUGCCUGUUCGUCACAUUUGACCUCUUGUUCAUCACCUUGCUCUGGAUCAUAGAGCUCAAUGUGAACGGCGGCAUUCAGAAGCAGCUGAAGGAAGAAGUCUUGAACUACGACUACCACAUCUCCUUCUUCGACAUUUUUAUCCUGGCUGUUUUCAGGUUUGCCACUCUCAUCCUGGCCUACGCCGUCUGCAAGCUUCGUCACUGGUGGGCCGUCGCAAUCACCACUGCAGUCAGCUGUGCUUUCUUGAUUAUUAAAGUCAUUUUAUCAAAGCUGCUGUCUCAGGGGGCCUUCGGGUACCUGCUGCCCAUCAUCUCCUUCGUGUUGGCCUGGAUCGAAACGUGGCUGCUCGACUUUAAAGUUCUUCCUCAGGAGACCGAAGACGAAAACAGAUAUCUGUCCACCAUGCCAGCCACAGAUCGAGCCCCUCUCCUGGGUCCGGGUCCUUUAUCUGACGGGCAGUUCUACUCUCCACCAGAGUCAUUGGCAGACUCUGACGAGGACCUGGAUGAUAAACAUGAUCCAGAAAAAGGGCUCAUUCAGCAGGUGACCUAACAGGAUCUCUUCUACUUCUGGAAGUCUCCUUUUGUGCUACUGAGGGAAAAUUCUGCCUUACACAUUCUGCCAUUUUAGUUUUUAUUUGCCUCAAAGAAUUCUUUGUAUAUUCAUACCCACAAAUGCUCCUCUGUUUCUGAUAUUAGCCUUCUGCAUGAACACCUGGGCUGGAAAAGUGCAGCUUAAAAAGCAAUUUCAGCUCCAUGACUCGUGGUUAUUAUAAGGACCCCAGACACACACAUUUAAGGAACUCUGCACCUUUGACGAGAAUUCAUAUUAAUGGGUAUUUAUACAAAAGAUUGCACAUUGUGUGUGAGACAAAUUUGAUUGAAUAAAAAUUCAAUUAAAUUUGAGCUGGAUUUUCAGUAUCAGACCAUAAUUAUUAUUAUAUAUAUUUCCAACAACCUGUUUACUAUUCAUUUGAUCAUUUUCACAUGCCUGGGUUUGAAGUCACUGUAACGGAAAAUAAGCUCUAUUUAUCUCCAGACUAUAGAAAAGAAGGAUUUCUUUUCGACCAGUAUUGAGCUUAUGGAUGAUGUUUAUAACAAACGAGGCGGAAUAUUUACAAUUCACUGUCUUUCUAUGGGUUCUUAGAAAUGUGUUCUACUACUUCCUGGUCUUUGAAAACCAGUGAAACAACCUUGUACGAAACAUUGGAACAAUUUUGCAGUAUCAUUAUUUAAAGAAUACUGUUUGCUUCCAAAAAAACCAGAGUGAAGUAUUAUUUUACUUUAAAACAAAAUGAGCCAUAAAUCUACAGGAUUUAAACAUGAAGUUUGGGCUGCACUGUAUGAACUUAAUCUACUCUAAAAAGCUGCUGCUGGAGCUCAUUGUGACAUGUACAUAUCUUCAUGCAUGCCUUGCAAGCAGAGUGGUUUUGUUUUUAUGAAAAACCUUGUGUGUAAAAUAGAAUCAUUAAAAUAUGAAAUAUUG